GCAAGUUCUGUUCAGAGUUUGAUCAGAGUUUGAUUCAAGAUGAAAGGCAUUUUCGUCAUAUUCCUUGCGUUCGUGGUGUACGUGUACUCGCAGAACCCGCUGGCACCACAGUGUCCGGACGAUGAUCAUUUGUUCGAAAACAACACGAUGGUCCGGCACCAAUGUAAAUGCGAUACUUACUUCGUCUGUACUGUGGACCCACCAAUCCCCAUGAAAUGCCCUGCCGGUCUCCAGUUUAACGAGAAGGAACAAGUUUGCGACUUCAAAUGGCGCGUGAAAUGCAAGCCUAAUCCUCUAUGCUCUGCCAAUACUGCAUAA